AUGGUAAAAGAUGAGACGAAAACUGAGCUUGUCGACCUUUCAGUUACAAAAAGCAUGCUUGUCAGUUCAGUGAAAACCAGAAAACGGCAUUAUGUAAAGAAGGAAAACUUUGUAUAUGAGGAACACCGGAAGAAAUCCAGUGGCGAUCGUGACCUUUUCAUACCACAAAACGCCUUGGAAAGGCAUGAUACCGGUGCUGCAAAUAUUAAUCCGAUUUACAAUCAGGAAAUGCUUGCAGAUGAUAAUAAUCAAUUAAUACUCAAUAUAAUGCUUUCUAAAGGGAAGGAAAACUUUGUAUAUGAGGAACACCGGAAGAAAUCCAGUGGCGAUCGUGACCUUUUCAUACCACAAAACGCCUUGGAAAGGCAUGAUACCGGUGCUGCAAAUAUUAAUCCGGAAAAUGUAAAAACGGGUUUUCAUAGAGCAAAGCUUGAAACCAAAAGGAAAAGAUUCCUAGAAAGAACUAGGGAAACCGCACGAGCGGAGAUUCUCAACAAUGAACAUGAAGGUUUUCUUGCCGGUGAUGAAGGAGAACUUACUUAUACGAUCAAGCAAAAAGAUAUAUGCGAUGCUGUGGAUAUUGCAAGUGCUAGCAAGCAUUUUGAUUUACGGUUAAAACGUUUUGGUCCAUAUCGUACGAAUUACACACGUAAUGGUCGUCAUCUGUUAAUUGCUGGUAAACGCGGACAUGUCGCCGCCUUUGAUUGGCUGACUAAAACCCUCCGUUGUGAAAUAAAUGUCAUGGAGGGCGUCCGAGAUGCCAAAUGGCUGCAUGUUGAAACAAUGUUUGCGGUUGCUCAAAAGAGAUGGACACAUAUUUAUGACAGUACGGGUGUAGAGUUGCACUGUUUGAAAAUUUUGCAUGAUAUCAAACGUUUGGAAUUUCUCCCGAGACAUUUCCUUCUUGUUGCUGGGAGCAAUAUGUCAUUUUUGCACUAUUUGGAUGUUUCGAUGGGCAAAAUGGUGCAGUCCUUUCCGACAAAACAGGGACCUCUAGAUGUAAUGACUCAGAAUCCAAACAACGCUAUCAUUCAUACUGGACAUGGAAAUGGAACAGUGCAGUUGUGGUCUCCGAAUGUCAAAGAACCGCUGGUAAAAAUGCUCGCCCAUCCAUGUUCGGUACGAGGCAUAGCUGUGGAAAAUAAUUACAUGGCUACUACUGGUCUUGAUCAGAAGCUAAGGAUAUGGGAUGUACGUAACUACAAACAGUUAUAUGCUUAUACGUUACCAUUUGGGUUGGCAGAAGUAUGUUUCAGUCAGCGCAAUGCAGUUGCUUGCAGCGUUGGGAAUCAGAUUCAGAUCUUAAAUGAUGCGCAUUUGGGCACAGCUACUGCACCUUACAUGUCACAUCAGUGCACUGGAAUAGUUAGCAGUCUACAGUUUUGUCCAUAUGAAGAUGUUCUUGGAGUCGGACACCAACAUGGAUUCACUAGUUUACUUGUGCCAGGAAGCGGAGAACCAAACUUCAAUGCACUUUUGACAAAUCCUUAUGAAUCAAAAACUCAGCGCCGUGAGCGAGAAGUUAGGCAGCUUUUGGAUAAGAUCCAGCCAGAACUGAUCACUUUAGACACUACAGAAAUCGUUCAAGUUAAUACGGAUUUGCUUGAGAAAGAGAAUGAACGGUUAAAGUUGUUGCUCCAUACAAAACCACGUGAAGUGAGAUUUAAGCCGAAGAAUAAGAAGAAAGGACGAGGCAGUGCUCUGAGAAAGGAGCAGGUCAAACAGGGUGUGCAAUCCGAGCAAAGAUUUGCGAUGAACGAAGCACGGAAAAAGUUAGAAGAGGAAUUUUUGGUGAAAGAAACAGUGAAGGCGAAGGAUUCUCCAAAAACAGUGCUUGAUAGGUUCCGAAGAAAAGAUAUCCAGCCAGAACUGAUCACUUUAGACACUACAGAAAUCGUUCAAGUUAAUACGGAUUUGCUUGAGAAAGAGAAUGAACGGUUAAAGUUGUUGCUCCAUACAAAACCACGUGAAGUGAGAUUUAAGCCGAAGAAUAAGAAGAAAGGACGAGGCAGUGCUCUGAGAAAGGAGCAGGUCAAACAGGGUGUGCAAUCCGAGCAAAGAUUUGCGAUGAACGAAGCACGGAAAAAGUUAGAAGAGGAAUUUUUGGUGAAAGAAACAGUGAAGGCGAAGGAUUCUCCAAAAACAGUGCUUGAUAGGUUCCGAAGAAAAGAUGUUUAA